GACAGUUUAAUCAAAACAUUCACAUCACAAGCACUGGUCACUUGUUCUUGUUGUGCCGGCAUUAAAAAUUCAUAAACAAGAAUGGCUACUCGAAAUAUCUUGAAAUUGGGAGCCCUAGAGGCUCAGAAGACCGCCUUCCUGCUAUGCGACAUCCAAGAAACUUUUAGACCACACAUAAAAUAUUUCGGAGAAGUUGUUAAAGUUGCGAAUAAAAUGGUGGAAGCAGCGAAACACUUCAAAAUACCAGUUUACGUCUCCGAGCAGUACCCCAAGGGUCUCGGUCACACUACGAAGGAUAUCAACAUUUCUGAUGCUGCACUGGUCUAUCCGAAGACUAAGUUCUCUAUGUACACUCCGGAGCUGGAGGAGAAAUUGAAGCAGGAUGUGCCUGAUCUCACUUCGGUGGUGUUGUUUGGUAUUGAGGCACAUGUAUGCAUAGAGCAGACCGUGAUAGACCUGCUGAGUAAGGACAUUGUGGUGCAUGUACUGGCUGACGGAGUGUCUUCCCGGUCACUCCUGGACAGGGGCCUGGCUUUGCAGCGUCUUCAAUCAAUCGGCUGCUUCGUGGGCACAUCAGAAAAUGUCCUAUUCAAGCUUAUGAGAGACAAGAACCACCCUGUAUUUAAACAAAUAUCUAAACUAAACAUGGUACCGACUUCUGACGAGUUCGGAAUGGCACAGAAAAGUCAGAUUUAAUUAGAAAAGAUUUAAAGUUCAAUUUUGUGUGCAGUAAUGUUGACUUGUAGGUAAUAAUAAUUAUGGGGGAAAGAUUUUUAAGAUCGUAGUUUGAUAUGGGGGUGUGAUGGCAAAUUGAUUAUCAAUACUUACCUAUUUACUUGAAAUAAUGAAAAUGGAUGUGUGCUACGGAUGUGAGCUAUGGAUGCGUGCUAUGGAUAUGUAGUAUGUAUAGUUUCCCUACUGUCAAUACAUUGCAUACUCGACCUGCACAUCUUCCUCGCACGGCGACACAUCUUCAUAGCACAAUCUUACUCGCAUUGCUACAUAGUUUAGUAUCAGUGGAAACGGUCACAUAAGUUAACAUCUUAGCAGCUACAUAGCAUAUUUCUGGUGGAAAAUUACUCUAUGACGCGUUGACGAAGAUCUUUGUAGGUGAAAUGCCUACGGCAGCCGUCGACGCGUCAACAGAUGUCAUUGCACCGACGCGUGGCGGCAGAAGCCGACCUUCGGCUAAUGGAAAAGAUCGUUGUGUGAGUGAGGUUACCGGAGGCCCAAUUCCCCCCUUUCCAAUCUUCCCAAUCCCCGAUUCCCGAACAACAACUCUUCAAUUCCUUACCCCUAAAAAGCCGGCAACGCACUUGUAACGCCUCUGGUGUUUCAAGUGUCCAUGAGCGGCGGUGAUUGCUUACCAUCAGGUGAUACGCCGUCCUUUCCAUUAGCAAUAUACCACUCGAGUGCUAGAACUCUUGCAAUGGUAGUAUUUUAAAUAUUUUCAUACAAGACACAAAUGUGUCUAAUAUUAGUUUCGAACUGAUAAAAAACAGCUCAUAAAACUCAAAUGGAAAAAUUAUUAAGUCAAUGUACUGCAUACAAAAUAUCUAUACUGGAUUUAGAUUACCUAAAUGAAAAAUUGUUGAUUAGUUUUUUCACAUAUAAAAAUAUGUUUAAGAACAAUUUAUUUUAUGUUAUGUUAUAUGUAUUAUCAAAAUCGUUACCUAAAUAUGUAUAUAAUAUAUUUUUGGUAUUUGUUAAAUAGUUACUUGGUAGCUAGUUUUUUCUUUUUAGUUUAUUUUGAGCUACUUCAUUGGUCAACACUCUUUAGAUUUGAUUCCAAAGUUGAACAAUACAGAGUAAAAUAUUCUCUUACUACAAAUCUUUAGUAUUUUACGUAUACUACUUACUUACUAGCUGGCCCGGCAAACUUCGUACCGCCUUAAACAUAUUUUUCUCACCUUUUAAACCUUCCCUGGACUUCCACAAAUCAUUCAAGAUCAAAAUAUUGAACAGCAAUUGAUUUAACAUAAUAUAAAGCUGAAGUGUGUGUUUGAACGAGCAUAUCUCUGGAACUACUGGUCCGAAUUUAAUCAUUAUUUUUGUGUUGAAUAGUCUAUUUAUCGAGGAAGGUUAACUAUAACCUAUAGGCUAUAAAACAUCACGCUACAACCAAAUGGGGCCGAGCAGAUUAGGUGAAACCGCUCGAAAAUAGAGUUCUAUAAUAUUGCUAUUUUAUAAGAUUUUUCUAAUUUUGAAAUUUCUAUAUUUUGCUGUUGACCAAUUAGGUAGUUAAUUUAAUUUUUAUAGUAUGUGCAUUUAAAUUAAAAACUCAAUGUAAGUGCCUAAUAAUAGUUACAUUGUUUAUUUUGUUAAAAAUAACACUCUUGCGCACAUUACAAUAAAAUCAAAAACUUAAAUUUUGAACACUUUACUAGGUUUUAAGACUGAUGCUUAAAAAUAUUUGGAAAUAAAGGUUUUAUGUGUAUAUAACUGAA